GCCCCACUGUCCCAACUGAGAGGCCUGGUCACGCCCUCCGGCUUGUUUCCCGACAUGCCACGGGAUGUUGGGCCUCAGGCUAGGAUCGAAGGCGCAGAGGCUCUCACUGGCGACGGUAAGCAGCUCAAGAGCUGUCCACUUAUCGGUUCGGCAGCGGUAUCUGAUGCACACACAGACGGACACACGCAUGGAGGUCAGGGGACGUGCCGUCACUUCCUUGGCUGACCUCUUUGCUACUACGGAGAUGAGGGUCUCAAUGUCGACAUCGAAUCAUUUGCUUGACAUGAUGCAGCGCUCGGGUGUCUGUUCAAGGGAUACACAGAGAGGGAGGGGCAACAGGUGCGAGGAUGGCUUGGCCAUUGCAGUCAGUGGAUACGUUAAAGCGAGACCCGCCAUGGAAGGGCCCCAACUGCACAUCGCGAUCAAACAUCUCAGCCAACAGAAGCAACUGAGUUGGAUGGUGGGUGAAUCAAUCACUUACGGCGCUUUUGUCUUCGACCGACACAAAGAGGGUCGUGAAUGGGCCGUGAGACAGGUUGCUGCCCUUCCUGCCGCCUGUGUGCUUCCACCUAUAUAGGCAGGACAGUAAGUAAUGCAAAGCACAUCGUCAUUAUCAUCCUCGUACUGACACACGCACAAACGAAUACACGUACAUAUCUUGUGUGAGCUCAAAUCGUAUGGCCCCCCGCUGCUGGGUGUGUGCGAAGGGGGAGUGAUCGGGACCGCUGGGGUGGUGGGGAAGAGAGAGAGACACACACAGAGACGUCUAUCUGCGCGUCUUCCAUGUCUACCUUGAUCGACGUGUCCCCUCCCAGACACAGCUUGAGCAAGUUAUAGACGCGCUUGAAUGUCAUCUCAAGGGGGGAGCUCUCGUCACCUGCACACAGAGGAACAUCAACACAAAUGCGGCGAUCCAUCUAUAUGAACUAUCACCGAUGUGCUCACGCUGUAUCUCGACCUACACCGUCCCGUGCGACGGCUGGCGAAACCUCAGCGGCUGCCAGCUGCUGUAAUCGUCGAUGAAGUGCGGGUUGCGCAUGGCCCAGGCAGCUACCACGGACAUGUCGCCCUUCAGCCAGCCCCAGUUGGGCGGAUUUCUUCUGAGGCCAUCGGGCGUGUAGGUGUGGCUCUGUGUGGUCUUGUCGUGGGCUGCCUGGCAGACGGCGGCGGCGAUGGCCUUGGGGUCGGAGAAGGGCUCAAAUCUGUUGACCACGGCCUCAAACUCGUCGUCGAAGAGGUUCUCCGCGACGGCGUUGCUCACGCACAGGAGGAGAUCGCCAGAAUGAAGAAACUCCAGGCGGUACUUGUGCAUGACCUGGCGAAGACAGCCGGGCGAUGGGUUGGUGCGGUGGUAGCUGUCCGGAGGGCUGCUCAGCUGGCACGCGGCGUCAGCUGACUCAGCCGCCAUGGAAGCCACACGGCCUCCAUUCCUCUUUUUUCCACCUUGGCGCUGCUGUGGGUGACAUAAAAUCGCGUACAUCUUGGCGAUAGGGGCCUAGCCAGAAACAAGUCAGUCAUGUCUCUGGUGAUACAUACGUGGU